CACAUCAGCAUGUAAAUUAGGCAUUAUCAUUCCACUCUACAAGUGAGAAAACUCAGGCUCAGGGGAGGUUAACAGAUCCAGAAUUACACAGCUAUUGUGUACAAAACCUAGGUUUUAAACCUUGUUCUUGAUCUCCCAAGGUCAUUGUCUUUUCCACUCUUAUACUUUUCCCCUAGAAAGCAAAGGAAUCAGAACAGAGGCUUUCUUGUCCAGCCUUCUUGCCCCAUUCUGUGGCCCAAGUGUCACAUUUGGUUUCAGAAGGAAAUCUAGAAUCCCAAAAGCGGUACAUUUGUCAGCAAUAUUUGGAAGUAUUUUUUGUCAUUCAGGGGCCACCAAUUUGCACUUUGGUUAUUUCGAAGUGCAAGGUCGUUUGGCAAAAAGAAAAUAAUACUUAGUUGGUGUUUUUCUUCUUACAGAACUAUGUACCCAUUCAGUUCAGUUCUGAUUCUUUGUAAUGGUCUGAAAGAGUUCUCGCUGAGUGAGCUACCAGCUUCUUCCUAAAUACCAUUUUACCUGGGCAGUGAUAACACUUUACAGGCCUAAUGUUACCUUUUUUUCCCCCCCCAAUCAGGUAUUACUUGUCUACAUGCUGCUGGGCACUUUGAGGUAGAAUGCUUUAAAAUUUUGCUUGCUGGGAAACAUUUCUUGGACCGGUGUUUGCUAUAACUAGACAAAAGGAACAGAAGAAAAUCUUUGAGCACCUGUGCCAUGGGCUGAGAGCUUUGCAUAUGUUCUCUUCUUUGGCUCUCCUAAUUACCUUUUAAGUUUGACAAUCCUAAAGCCUGUUUCCUUGCCUGACAAUGAGCAGAGGGAAUCACUUGCCUAAGGAUCCAACAAAUAGGGACAGAAUCAGAGUUUGAACUGCAUACCUUCCAACUCCAUUCCCUUUGCUCUUCAUGGGUACUGCAGCUGCAUCCCCCCCCAUCCUGGCAGUGGAUAUGGCAGAAGCCACAUGGAAGGAUUUCUGGAGAGAGCACCCUGAAUCUGCUUCUCCAUCCAAAAAUGAUAAUGCAGUCAGUCAACUACUACUGACUUGGUGGGCAUCUCUCACGAACAAAAACUAGGUGAUGAUGCACGUAGAGCAUAUGUGAUGCAAUUGGCUAGCCGCUUCUCACAUUAACAUCCAGCUUGUAAAUGUUCAUUCACUUACAGGGAUAUUUCACAGUUCAGCUGGGCUUGGAGAGGAGCAAGGAGUUCAGGACUAGCUCCUACAUAAACCUAAGUUGUAGGGGAUGCUCUGUAUGUGGUUCAAGUAUCUUUUCAUGUUAGUCACUUUGCCGCUGAGGUUAGGUGAUGGUCUUGACCCCAGAGGUAAACUGUGUUUUAGACUAUACAAUCCAGUAACUACAAUUGAAAUCAUGACGUGAGAUUCAGUGUAUAUUCUGGAAAGAGCAAGUGCUAGGCAGCGAAGAAGCAUGUAUUUUAGCCCCUUUGACUAUUCAUGUGAUUGGCAUGAUUUCUUUCUCUAUUUUCUUUUUUUAAUAGUUUAUGAUGUGUAGCUUACCUAAGCACUAUACGUCAUAUUAUCACGUAAUUUUCAUGACAUGCCUGUGACAUAGGUACUGUUAACUGCAUGUUUUACCAAUGAGGAUGCAGACAGUUGGCCCCAGGUCACACACCUAGAAAGGUAUGGCACUGGGAUUUCAACCCCUGUAAAAUGAUUCCAGAGUCUGUAGCUUUAAAUCGUGUUACUACUUAUUUCUCUUCUAAUCUUAUUGAGCAUUUGACAUUUUCAGUACUUAGAAAUCCAUUGCUUCCAUCUUAAUAAGAACUUCUACAACCCUCAUGGUUUUUAUAGGCCCCAGUGUCACUGACCUGGUGUCUGACAAACUUAAUCUUUUUCUCCAUCUGUCCACAUAAUAAAUAUAAGAAACCAGGGCAAGUGAGCUCAAAGUCAAAAGGAAAAGCCAGCAGCAGGGCAUGCUGUACGGCCUUUCCCGAGGAAGAGACAAGACUCAGGAAGCACAUUUGUGACACACCAUGCACUUUUCGGGGUGUGUCAGUCAUCUUUGGCAGAUCCUGUAGAUAAUUCUGCAUUAAAAAGCUCAUUGCAUGCUGUGAAAAAACAGACAAUAUUCAUUGGACACUUGAUUUCUUGUGUCCAGGGUUCAUAAUACUAAGUAUUUUCUAUGCUUUUGAGAACCCUCCUAAGUUAUCUUUUUUAAAAAAGUAAGUUUCUAGUCCUAGGAGGUCAAAUGCAGAGGUUUUGGAAUAGAGACAUGCAUUUGAAAGGUAGGUCAACACCGAAACUGAUGUUAACAGCAGUUUACUGAGUGCCCUUCUAGUGUCAGGCACGCACCACCUUUUAUCACCUCACAUAAGCCUAGGUUAGUUAUCAGACCCCUGGGCAGCGGUUUGCCAAGACGACCCAGCUUCCCAGGUGGUUGGACCUUAUGUGAGCCAGACAGCGAGUUGCACGCAGGGAGUGGGCUCUCGAGCCGGUCACUCAGGUGCAACGGCCUCAGAUGGGCUCACAUGCAGCACCAGCAGCAGAGGACCUUAGUUUUUCCCUGCCAUUCACCACGUCCAUUCACUCCUGUCAUGGGGCCUGCUCAGGUCUUUCCCCUCCGCCCCCCACAAUUAGCCACACACGUUACAAAGGCCAAAGAGAUCAUUACUUGUUUUGAAGAAACCUGACAUCCUUGUCACCUGGACUGAGGAAGUGCUGGUGUAGAAGCACUGCAUUAUCUUGAGAAUGGUUUAGAAGCCAGGAAGACAGUUGGAAACAGGUGACCGUAAUUCAAACGUGGCCUAGAUGUCUUGCCUCCCAUUAAACAUAUGUGCUAAUCACAGCCUCGCACUUCCUACCGGCACUUGCUCCUAAGGAAUCUUAAUUCAGAAUAACUGGCGAGAUAGUUUUAUGGAAACACCUCUGAGCAGACUGCACUCCUUCGCCGCUGUAGCUGGCUUGAUUCAUUCUCUGGGGACAUUCCUCCAUCAGGAUGCUCUCCACUUCUUGCCAAGUAUGUGAUCUUACCGUCCAGUCUAUCUGGGAUUUCAAGUUUUCAGUUUUAGGAGGAAUGACACCUCCAAGUUUUAAGAGGACUUGGAAAGAAAAUGGCAAAACUGCUUUCUAUAAAUUUUGAAGAAUCCUGGAGGCUGGGAAAGGUGCUGGAAAACUAAAAAUGCACAGUUGGAAUCCUGGUUUGGGUGAGUCUUCAAAUGGAGGAAUCUCAUCACAAGAUUCUUGAGAAUUUCUUAGGAUUAACAUGUAAAAUGUUGAAGCAGUUGGUAAGCACAUUGUGCCAGGCAAGUGAGUUACUUUCUUCUUUCCUCCCCUCUCUUCCCUCCCUUCUUCCUCCUGUCUUUUUGCCCCCUCCCUCUCUGUAGUUAGCAGGAUUACAGGGCUGGUAGAUAGCAGAUGUGGUAUCAACUGGUACGCAGAUCUUUGGAAUUGAGAACCGAGGACUAAAUGAGAGAAGAGGUGUGCAGGUUUAUAAUGGUGUGCAGGGUCUAUCAAGGGGGAUGAGGAUGUUUGUAGACCCAUUCUCAUCUGCUUGAGAUUACCUGAGUAAUAGCUUAGGUAAUAGUUUCCCCUCUCUACAGCCUCCUGCGUGUACAGACUGAUACUGGGGUUCGCUCAGUGCCCUGCAGCACUCAGUGUCUGACACAUAAUAGACGCUCAAUAAGAUGUUGAAGGAAUCAGUAUUUGUCCACCUAGUAUUGCCAGUGUAUUAUUGACUUCUUACAUUUGUGAAAGCAGAUGGAGUGAAUGAGAGCUGGGAAUCCAAGCUAAUCUCGCUUGAGAUUACCUGAGUAAUAGCAGAAGUUCUGCUUCUAGAAGUUCUGGUACUAGUAGUGUCUCGGGUCUCCCUUCACUAAAUCCAGUUUACAACUCUGGAAAAUGAAAUGCAUGUGAGCUACUAGUGACUCCUGAAACUUCCACCUGUUGUGUAUACAAGGAGUGCAGUGGGAAAUGGAAGUCCUUGUCUUUACCCGUGCUUACCAGCUUACAUGUCCUGCCCUUUUCACAGUCCCCUUGCACAGGUAUGUGUUUGAACACUAAAGGCAGAGGGAGCACCUUGUGACCCCAGGGGCCUCUGCCCACUUGCUGCGAGUCUGAUUGAGUCCUAGAUGCCACCAGGGUUCAGCUGCUUUUGAGAGGAGGCAGCUGUCUUUUGCAAAAGCGAAACAGGGAAAGACAACACUGCCAAAGAAAACAAAGCCUGUUGUUAAACAUGGUUUGUUCUUAUGGUCCUUUCAAAAAAAUGCUUGUAAAGGGCAGGUUUUAUGCUGGACUUGAAUAUGCAAUAAUUCUCUUGACCCUACGUUCAGACUGACUUUGCAUGGCUCUUGGCCCGUGAGCAGUGUGCCAGAACGAAGCUGCCAAUUCCCCCUCACGUUGCUGCUCAUCAUCGAACAGACACUCACUGGGUACCUCUGUCUGCCCCUUGACGCUUAGAAGCACCGUAAAACUUCAGAAGUGCUCUCUUACACUCGAGUAUUUUAGUCAUCGUGGCAGCGCUGUGGGAGAGGUUGGACAAGUGUCCUUCAUUCUGAUUGCCAGAUGAAAACACUGAGGCUCAGAAGGCUUCAUUGGUUUUUAGAAGAUCAUAAAAUAAACCUGUUUUAGCAGAUCCCCAACUAGAAUUUUGUUUGGCUCCUAGUUCUUGUAUGUUCUGGAGAAAAGAGUGUGUACUUAAAAGUAACUAUUUAAAAAAAAAGAAAGGUAACUUUUUAUAGAAGGUGUCAUCAGCAUCACCCAUAUUGUGGCACUUGCUGUAGGGACAUUUGCGCCUCUGCCACCGCCUCUCACCUCAGCCCCCCGCGCUGCCAUUCACACUCACAGACGCUUGUCUCUGCGGCAGCCGGGGGCUCUGUCAGGAUGUAAAUCACCUCAGGCCUCGUCACUGCCCCCGUCUCCGCCUCAGGUACAGGAAAAGCCACAUCCUUACGACUCUGUGCUAGAACCUUCCUUGACCAGCACCCCCACUGCCUCUGAGCAUAUCGCCCUCUCCUUCCUCUCCCUCCUGUCCUUCAUCAGUCCCCUCCCUUCUCCGCCUCCUUGCCAUUCCUCAGGUGCUGCAGGCCCACAUCCCACAGACCUUUGCCUUCCUCUGCUUGAAACUCCCUUCUCCCUGACAGCCGCAGUACCUGCUCCCUGGCUGGCCCAGGUCCCUGCUCAGACGUCAGCUUCAUGGGAGGCCUGCCUGACUCCACGCCUCCACGUGCCAGCCGUGCAGCCUCAUCACAUACUUACUCCUUGUCCCCCUGGCCAGGCUUUAUGUGUUGCCCGGGAUAUCAGAGAAUUGGGAACGAUCCUAUUUUGGGAUCGUCCACCUACUGUGGUGGUUUAUAAACAAGGAUAACUGACUAUGCCCCCCAGGAAGUCACUGGUUCUCCGCCAAUUAUGAAGUUAAAUGAAGGAUGGCCCCUAAGGAUUUUAUCAUGUGAAGUCUUGCUGGAUUUUCUGGCUUUCUCUUUUUAGAAAUGCAAAUAAAGAAGAUGAAGGAUAUUGGACAGCAGUUAUAUACCACCCAAGGGAAUAACGGACAUAAUUCCUUGACCAUGUCACCCAAACAACCGAAUGCUAAUAGAGUGAUUCGACCAGAUAGACAAGAAGCGCAAGCUCUUUUGUGUCAAGGCUCAGAGGCCGAGGCUGCCAUGAUGACCAUUGCUACGUGUGCAAAGUGCAAAAGUGUUCACAAAAUCCCGCUUCAAGAUUUGAAAAAGGGUACUGGGCCAAGCCAGAAGGAAGACAAAUAUGUUUGCUUCAAAUGCAACCUCGGUGUGGCUACUCCCCAUUUUCAUUUUGUGAACAGUAAUCCCAGUGCUACUCCUAUAGGAAAUAAAGCCGAAGCCAUCGCUGGUUCCGUUAAUAAAUUUAAGGUAAGGAACUUUAAGCCAGGCAAAUACUAUUGUGACAAAUGUCGGUUUUCCACAAAGGACCCUCUGCAGUACAAAAAGCACACUCUUCAACAUGAAGAGAUUAAAUUCAUCUGUUCUCACUGCAGCUACAUUUCCUACACAAAAGGGGAGUUCCAGAGGCAUCUGGUGAAACACACAGGCAUAUUCCCAUACCAAUGUGAGUAUUGUGACUAUGGUGCUAUUAGGAAUGACUACAUUGUCAAACACAGGCGGAGAGUACACGAGAGGGUCGGGGGAAGGCGGCCGCCCAAAACUGUUGCCAAGCUGGAGCCAAGAAGAACCAACACAUCGAAACAAAACACAGAGCUCUUAAAACCUCCCAAUCCAAGGACUGCAUUUCCAAAUAAGUUGUCCGAUCAACUCUCAAGGUUCUCCCUCCAUACAAAUAAAGACAAAAUGCACAAUAUUAUGUUGUUGCCUGAAUCAAAGGAAUACCAAAAAGAUGUAGUGUGUAUUCCGAAUAAAGUGACCCUUUCGGAGCCCAACGAGGGCAGUGUGUUUGAGAACCAAAGCGUGGAGGUAGAAGUGUUGUCCCCGGCAAAAGAGCCGGUGCAGCCGGGAAUGCCGUUAACAGUGGUGGCACCAGCAGAACUCGUCGUCCCUGCCAACUGCUUGGCCCAGUUGAUGGAUGUGAAGGUCGUCAACGGGACCCAGCAGCUUGUCCUGAAACUGUUUCCUCUGGAAGAAAGUAACCGCCCUGAAGCUGCUGGGGGUGAAGGGGGUGAUUCUGAGCAUAUGACUAAAGAGAAGGGUUCGGCCGGACCAGGAAAAAUGGUUUCUGCAAGCCAAACGAAGUCCCUGGCGAUGGAAGGGCAUGUUGGGAAACUGACAGGCCUUGAUAAUCUUCAGUCGUCAGUUCAGAAACAACUUAAAAAUGUGAAGUGGGUCAGGUCUUAUGAUUUUUUCAUGUCAAAUUCUAGUGCGCACAACCGUGGAGAAUCCCUCCUCAACCUGGACACAGUUGAGGAUUUCCAGAAAAAAAGUAGUAUGUAUCCACAUAGACCGGCUCUUCCUUCUCUCUCCUUGAAAGGUCAUCCUCCGGCAUCUGUAGCAAAAAACAGUGUUUUCCACAGUCUCGGCACUGCGUCCAACCCUUUCCCUUAUAAAGCUGCUGUUUCUUUGGCUGAAGAUGGAAGGAACCCGCAUGGCGACUUGCAGCAGUUACUUCCCCGGGCUGUGUCACCUGCAACCAUGUCCUUCUCUGGAGAAAAGCGCUUGUUGCCUCUAAGUCCCAAUAGCUUGGAAUCCAGAAAGGAGAUCAGUAUUCCUGUAAAAAUGGUUCCCUCUCAUAGGAAGUCAAAAGACAAGCAGAUGGAGGAACCCAAGGCAGUUUCAAAUACAGGCCAGAUUUCCUCUCAGCCUAAAAGCGAGUACUUGCACAUAAAUAUAUCAGCAGAAGAUAGAAUCAGGUCUCAGCCACCCAGGGAGGAGCCUUUGGAAUUAAAGAAUCCUGAAAGGACUAAGGACUCUUUCGAUGGUCCAGUCAUCUCAUCAGUAUUUUCUCUGAGCUCUGGGUCUGAAAACGUCCCUGAGGGUGUUAAGUGGAAUAGCUCAACGUCCAAGAUAAAGUCAAUUGAACUCUUGCGCAGAAAGAUAGCUCAGUUAAUCGAAUCCUGUGGCAAGCCGUCAUCUUUGUCUGCAAAUAACGCACAUCGCCGUUCUGUAGGGCAGGCAUCAAAGGGAACUUUGAAAGCUGCUCCUGAAGGUAUUCACGAAAUCAACGUGUCAUUUACUGGCCCUGGCUAUUCCACAGGCACGCUCCCAAAACCUCAGGAUGAUGGUGGUCUUAAUGGGCCGCUCACCCAACAGCAAAUCUAUCCACAGUUUAUAGAAGGCAGCAGUGGGAAAACUGAAAGCAGAGUAACCAGGAACGCCCAUGUUGCUACUCCAGUGUUGAUCCCCAAAGGAGCUGUGUUGAGGGUUCUUAAUUCUUCGGAAGACGCCCACAUUAUAGAGGCAACGUGCGAAGCACCCGUCAGCAUACCUUGCAGUGAGAGCCAGUUAAUAAAACCCAUUCCGUUCUGCCCAGUGAGACAGACAGACUCAGACUUACAGUCUUUGACAAGUGAAAGCGGGCCAAUAAACAUGUCCCAAAAUCUUGAUAUACCUCUUCGGCCAAAACCAAGAAAAGAGAGUGCUAUUUGUGGCACCAUGCCUAAAAAAACUAGCCCCUGGCACGGGCAACAAGGAAGCAGUGAACUGAGUAAGCAAGGCAAACUGCUUUCCAGAAGUCUUCCCAUAAGUAAAAAUAAAACCAAACAAGUGAACUCAUCCAAGAAGAAAAGCAAAAUCCAGGCCGAUCCCAGCCACUAUCUCAAGGAUCCUUCAAUUUUUCAGGUUGCAAGACAGCUUCGACUGAUCGCCGCUAAACCAGACCAGUUGAUUAAGUGCCCCCGUCGGAACCAGCCCGUCAUUGUGUUAAACCAUCCUGAUGUUGACUCUCCAGAAGUCUCCAAUGUGAUGAAGGUAAUCAACAAGUACAAAGGCAAUGUCCUCAAAGUCGUCUUAUCGGAGAGGACUAGGUGCCAGUUAGGCAUCAGACGGCAUCACGUUCGCCUGACCUACCGCAACGUGGAGGAGGCCAAUCAGAUAAAAAGGCAGAUGAUGUUGAAAAUGAAACUUAAGAAAGUGCAUAAAAACAACUACCAGGUGGUGGAUUCCUUGCCUGAUGACUCAUCACAGUGUCUAUUUAAGUGCUGGUUUUGUGGGCGGCUGUAUGAAGACCAGGAGGAGUGGAUGAGUCAUGGCCAAAGGCAUUUGAUAGAGGCAACCAGAGAUUGGGAUGUUCUUUCUUCCAAGGGCAAAUAAGUAAAAAACGGUCUUUGAAGCAAAUUGUUUUUCUUACUUUUAGUUUAUUCUAGUUUGUUUGUCCCCCGCCCCCCGACUCAGUAGGAGAAAUACAGAUCGUAGGAAUGGGAGGACCGCUCAUUCUUCAGAAACCUUGUAGGAAUGUUGAGAGCCAGGAGUCUUAACCUGAGAUAAGAGACUGGACCUUGGAAGGUAUUGGAAGCCCCUGAAAUAGUAUGCACAAAUCUAUACACGCAUUUUUCUGGAGAGAAGUGAAACUUCCAGAUUUCCAAUGGGAUCUGAGACUUUUCUUUGUUUAGCACCCCUUCUUUCUGAGUAGGUACAAAUUUUCUGUGAUCUAUUCAGAGGGGCAAGUUUAGAGUGUUUUACACAUUGCAUACAAAAUGCUACUGAGGAAUUAAACCCUAUCUUGGUGUGCACAUCCGUUUUUUUCUGCAUUAACUCAUGUGCUGCAUAUUUGGUACAUAAUGGAAAUUAUACUUUCUACUUUGUUGUCUUAAAUUUGGUUAUAGAAAAGUGGCUAUUCUUUGAAAUUCCUCACCCACUCGGCAGUACUCAGAAUUGUUGUCUUUAGCACAGAGCAUUGUGGUUUUGUUGGCCACUUUAAAGAAUGAUUCCAAGGGUUUGCCUGAGCAGUAGAUGUUAGGGGAGGAAAGAAACAUUUUUAAACCUUUGCUUUCUAUUUGAAUGUCCUGAUUUAUGACAGUUGGGGAGGAAAUGUGCCUUUAAAAAAAAAAACAAAAACGGAGGCAUGGUCACAGAGGGAAAAUAUCUAAAAGUAAGGCUCCUGUUUGCCCGUACCACCCUCACAAACAUUAACCAAUUUAAAAUGUGAAUGAACAGGCUUCUUACAGCAUAGAUAAAACUGGGGAAGACAGUUCAAGGUAGGAUUGUGAAGAGACUUACGACUUUAAUGUAACCAUUAGUUUUCACUUGAGAACUCAGGCACAGACUGGGGGCGGAGGCUGAGCUCUCUCUCUCCACCACUUAGGAUUUUGGACACUGCCCCCCAGCCCAUAGCCUGCUGUCCCUCCGGCCAUUACCUGAACCAGCUCUCCUGCGGAGUGACACGCUCCCCUGCUCACCUCCUGUCCCCUUCCUUUUGUGCCUUUGAGGCCCCCUAAGGCUUUCCCUCAUGAAAAUACAAAAAAACAGGCAGGAAUCCACAAAAUAGAAAAACAUCCCACCGUCUUUGUGGAGGUUAUAGAAACACUAUUCCCAGUUUUCACCGGUAGUCACAGUCUGCUUCUAAUGUAUCUUCUCCACAGUCUUGUUCUCCUUCUCGCUCACCUUUCCUAGGUAGUAACUCUCGAGAACACCUGCUUCCCUCUCCACCAGCAGAUGCCAGGACCACGGCUGGUCCACACAGCACCUUUGUGUGCAUUAGGAAACACUCCCUCUGCACCUCCACCACCCCUUGGGCAGGUCGGUGGCCUGGCUGAGGGAGCUCAAGCUGGAUUUCGUCCUUGCUCGCCCACUCCACCAGGAAGCGACCACCACGCUGAACACACCCGCAGGGCGGCCCCGGCUCUGUUGUCCUCACUUUAAGACUGCUCCUUCCUUAGGGAAUUCAAUAGUGCAGUGAAUGAAACUGGGGGGCCGUUAUUACCUGAAAAAGACUUGAGUGAGAUUUCCAUUUUGUUGGUUAGUUGGAACUUUCGGAUUUUUUUUUACACGUGUGAAAGACUUAUCUUCUGAUAGGUGGGAUUGUAAUUCUUUGUAGUUGGUUCUCAUUACAGAUAAUCAACAUUUCUUAUGUCUAAUUGAAUACAUAAUCAUUAAGUUGGCUAAUUGGUUAAUUUUUAUUGAAAUUUAAAACUUGGGUUUUUUUAUAUGUGUAUAUAUGCGUGUGUGUACACAUAUAAAUAUUUUUUACCAUACGAAAACUGCAGUAGCUAAUUUUCUGAUUUCCUAUUUUAUAAUGAAAUUAUGUGGGCUGGAAAAAUAUAAGACAUUUUAUAUUCUAGAAAUUAUUUUGGAAGCACAUUUUUAUAAUGGUGUGAUCUCAUUUUUAGAAAAUGAAAGCACAAGUAAGUGAUGAAUCUGAUUUAUAUGAACAAACGAGUAGAAACUCCUGAGGAUCAUUUCGUUGCAGUAUUUCAUCCCUUUGCAUUUCUAGUUGGUGCUUUUUGGGAAAUGGAUCCUGUGUACCACUUCACCACAUAGAGGGGAGUGCCCUGAAGUGUGAGCCGCGUGUAGAUGUGUAUCCUGCCGGCAUGAUGGAAGGCUCCCAAGACACUGAGAAGGGAAGGCUGUGAUUUUUUUUUUCCUCCUCCUUCUAUACCUCACUGCUUGGUAGCAUCUUUCUCGAGAGGCUAGAGCAUGACCUUUCAGGAAAGAUGACCAUGAAUCAGGUCAGAGUGUUAAGUAAGUGUCCACAUGAAAUAUACUUUGCAGCAUCAGCCGCUUUUCAAGUAUUACCUAAAAGUCCGCUUAUGUAACUUAUAUGGAGCUCAAUUUUAUAAGUAGACUAUGUAAGUUUUUUGGGGAUUUCCAGAGCUACAGUACUUUUUUGAGGCAUUGAGAAGGCUCCUGAAAACUCAUAAAAAAUGAGAAAGCAAAACAUGUCUGUCCUCCCUAUAUGAAGAACUUUAGGAAAUAGCUUGUUAACAUGUAGGUAAGUGUCCUGAAACAUUUCUAACAAAAUUGGACAAGGUAGGGGUAGAAUUGUGUUGAGUACUUACAUACCCCAUCUUGAUUUUGAAGGACCUGUACUCACAAUUUUUUAUUAAUAGUACUUACUAAUAAAAUUUUAAACUUAUUUCUUAAGAGUUUCUUACUUUUGGGGGUCAGAAAUGAGACCAUCUUGUUAUAGCUAUGACAGAGUGAAAAUUUUUUUAAAAAUGACUCAUAGUCUCAUCAUAUUUUACCCAAAUUUUUGUCCCCUGCCCAAAACAUUUUGUGAGCCCUACCAUGGGCCAAAUGCUGUUUGUUAAACUAAACUGAACACAGUAUAUUAACCCUCAAGAGCUCCAUCCCUCUUUCUUCACAACCUACUAAGUAAAUCAUCCCAGGAAACAAAGAUGUAACAUUGCUCGGCCUUUGGAAUAAUUUUUGAAUCUGUAAAUGUCUCUGAGCAGAAAACAAAACAUUGCAUAACGCGUUUUAAGCAUUAUUGUAAGUCCUGUGUUAACGGUGUGUUUGCUGCUCUGGUUUUGAAACACGUUUGUACAUAGAGAAGUUGGCGUAAAUUUUGUUAAAUAAAGCAACUGUAAAAUGU